CUAUAUUAUACAUUUCUUUAUACUUUCAUCCCCACAUUUUCGUUUCGUCCCCACCCCAGCCCAUGACUCCGAGGCCCGUUCACAGUAUUCCCGUUUUCCUACAAGUGGGCCGUUCUCAUUUGCUAAGGUGUGGGCCGCAACCUUCACCGGCUCCCGGAACCGCAACCUUCACCGGCUCCGAUUAAGCAAGCUGCCCUUUCUUAUCUUCGAUUCUGCUCCCCCGUUUCUAGGGUUAGGGUUCUUUGAUUUAUCCGACUGUAGUUGCACAAUUUGCUCAAAUUCGAGUUGCUCAAGCUGGAUAGACACCAAGGAGAUCGCCAUGGAAAUGGCACUUACGACGAUUCCUACCAGGACCACCACCGCAAUCAUUCCAGAGGCCCCGCUCGUUUCUCCCAUUCCCCCGCCAUGAACCGCUACGAUGACGACGACGACGGUAUCAGCCGCCGUCGCCGCCGUGGAAACAGCCCCAGCAGUUACCGAGUCGGAAUCGACGGCGUUGCCGUCUCUGGUAGUCGUCGCCGGGCUUUUGAAAGCCCUCCGCGUCACGACGUCCCCGGCGCAGGACGUGGAGGUUUCCGGCCGAUGAAUGUUCCACCCGGUGGAGUAGAUUUUCAGCGAAUGGGUCCUGGCGUUAUCGGAGGUUUUCGGCAAAUGAGUCCCGCCGGUAAUGGCGGCGGCAGGGGUGGGGAUUUUCGGCCGAUGGACCCAAGUGGUGGCGUUGGAGGAGAUGUAAGAUCUAGGCCGAUGGUUGGUUCUGACGGCGGCGGCGGCAGCGGCCGUGGAGGAUUUCGGCCGGCCGGAUCCGGAGGGUUUUCGGCGACUAGGGAUCCAGGCGGAGGAGGAUACGGUGGCGUAGAGAUGGGAUUUCAGUCAACGAACAGUGGUAGUAGAGGGUUCGAGUCUGAGUAUCCUCUGAGACCAACACCACCGCCGGUGGUGCAACAGCCUCUGUCUGGUCAGAAAAGAGGGUUCCCUUUCACCGAGCAUGGCAGUUCUCCCGGAACUGACCUUUCUGAUCACGGCAGUUUCAUCAAGCUUUUUGUUGGUUCCGUACCAAGGACAGCUAGAGAAGAAGACAUUCGCCCUUUUUUUGAGCGACAUGGAAAUGUUCUUGAGGUAGCUUUGAUCAAGGACAAGAGAACUGGACAACAGCAAGGCUGUUGUUUUGUAAAAUAUGCAACCGUUGAAGAUGCCGAUAGAGCCAUUAGAGCAUUGCACAAUCAGAUCACUCUUCCUGGGGGAGUCGGCCCUAUUCAAGUUCGGUAUGCUGACGGCGAAAGAGAACGCCUAGGUGCACUGGAGUUUAAGUUGUUUGUUGGAUCGCUGAACAAACAAGCAUCUGAAAAGGAAGUUGAGGAGAUCUUUUCACAAUUUGGCCGUGUGGAAGAUGUUUAUCUUAUGCGAGAUGAAUAUAGACAGAGUCGCGGAUGUGGAUUUGUAAAAUAUUCAAACAAAGAAACGGCAAUGGCAGCCAUCCAUGGUCUUAAUGGAGUUUAUACUAUGAGAGGGUGCACUCAGCCAUUGACUGUCCGGUUUGCUGAUCCAAAGCGACCUAGACCUGGCGAAUCAAGAGACACUGUACCUGCCGGCGGACCUGGUUCAGGGCCUCGAUUUCAAAAUCCGAUAUCAAGGCCCUUGUCGAACUCUGGAGAGCCCAUUGGAGACGGAGUCCAAACAAAUCCUUGGCGUCCAAUGAGCUCACCGAACAUAGGUCCACCUCCUAAUUAUGGGGUUCGUGGGCUUGGGAUUGACUUUAUUUCCAGGCCUGGCGGUCAAGGAACAUUGCCUUCAAAUGUGGGUGGGCCCUCGGGUGGCUAUGGUGUCCCUCCUCUUAAUCCUCUUCCCAUCCCGACAGCUUCGUCUUCUGCCACAAUGCAACAGCAAUUUUCUGCUAAUAGCCAGCAUGUAUCACCUCUGCAGAAGUCGGUUCAAUCCCCACAGGAUAUUCCCCGUUCUCUUCAACUCCAGUCAAGGGUGCCUGGUGCUCAGGUUUCCUUAACUCAGACGGCAGCUCCACAGAACCCAUAUGGUUACGGCAGCCAUUUACCUUCUUCUCACCCACUACCUCAGCAAAGUAUCUCUCCUGCAACUGCGCCUCAAGCACCUUUGAACGUCAACCUACGACCAACUUUCGUCUCCUCUGCAACUGAUCAAUUGCCUGCUCAUGAUCAGCAGCAACAGCUGCAGCAAAUGCAGCAGCCUCCUUCUCAGUUAGCUCAGCUGUUGUCACAGCAAACACAGACUCUACAAGCAACCUUCCAGUCCUCUCAGCAAGCUUUUUCUCAACUGCAGCAGCAGUUGCAGUCCAUGCAGCAACCUAACCAAAGUUCAUCAGUGCCGCAGAAUAACCAAGCUGGUAAACAGCAGUGGCCUGGAAUCGGGAUACAGACGGUUGGAAGCACUGCUGGAUUUACACCAGUUGGCGAUGUGCCUUCAGCUGCAUCUACAAUAAGUCAGUCUGUAGCAACUGUCAGAUGUAACUGGACGGAGCAUACAUCGCCUGAUGGAUUCAAGUACUAUUUCAACGGUGUAACGCAUGAAAGCAGGUGGGAAAAACCAGAGGAAGUGGUUCAGUUUGAACAGCAGCAUCAACAGCAGAAACAACCUGUACAGCAGAUACAAACCCAAUUACAUCGGCAGAUUCUGCAUUCCCAGCAGGUGACACAGCAACCACAACAGGUUCACCAGCUUCAAACACAAUAUCACGACCAUCAGCAGUCACAGCAAUCCUUGUAUUCCUCAUCGUAUCCAACGCCAGGGGUUGGUCAACAUGCUCAGAAUCAAUCAUCUGGGGUGGGGCAAACGGCACAGUAUCCUGUCUCAAGAGUUAGUCAAAAUGCCCAGUAUCUGGUGUCAGGGGUUGGCCAAAAUGCUCAGGAAUAUGGUCGAACACAGAUACCAGUGGGAGAUGCUUCAGUCAAGAAUCCAGCACACAUCCAACAAGGCUAUCAGUCUACUCAGGAAUUUAUGUGGAAAAAUAAAGCAUCAGGUACAUGAAACAGAGGAGCGAAAUCUUUUAGAAACUGUUGAAGUAGAGCUCUUGAUUUAGGUUCAACGGCCCAGGUAUGAGUGAAUCCGUCUACCGUUCCAACUCUAUCUUUGCAGUAUUUAGUCCCUUAGAAUUUCUUCCCCCCAUCAACUAUAUUCCAAAAUGAAAGGAAAAUGUUGAGUUAGGAGCGAUUAGUCUGUGUGAGAGUUGUAACAUAUUCAGUUUGACCUCUGUUGUCAGUAAGAGUAGUUAAGCCGGCUUUACAUAAGAUUUCUUCCCUCCCUCAUAUAUCAUAUUUGUGUACAUCUUGGUCAAAUAAUGCUAGCUCUCUCUAAGAGUCUUGUGUU